UGAGGGCGCAUCAGACGCGUCCUUAACGGCGGAGGCUCCUGCGCCGGCUGCUGAGGGCUUUUUCUCAAGGGAGUCGUGCUCGGAGAAAACGGCUUAUAUUCGCGUCAAAUGGACUUGUGAUUGACUUUACACGCGUGUGUUGGCACAGCAGAGGAGAUCGGAGCUGCCAGUUCUGACCAAAUGAGCGCCGAAAUCCUCAGCAGACCAUUAACCUGAGAGACUGCCGCUGGGCUUUUCAAUUAGCCAAGACCAUCAGAUAUGAUUGUCUUUUAAACUUUAAUGGACACUCGGUUUCUCCAAACUCCUUGUGAAUUCAUGAUUUAGCUGUGAGGGGAGAGAGAGAGAGCGAGAGAGAGAGAGAGAGAGAGAGAGAGCGAGAGAGCGACGCUGCACCCCGCUGCUGACAGAGAGACCACUUGUACCGCCGUCACAACUGUGCCAAGAGACAGGGAGUCUUUGAAAGCCACCGGAGCGGACCCGACCGGCAUAUCAAUCAGCGUCCCGGAGAGAGACUCGCUGGGUUCGCACCGGCGAUAAAAGGCAUUGUCUUCAAGGUGCGUGUGUGUCCGUCUGUGUGUGCGUGUGUGGAGAGCAGAGAGGGGAAAUGGCACUUUUUCCGUGUGAUGAGGGGAGGACAGCAUCAGUCACUGGCAAACAAAUGUAAAACCCAGUUCCCUUCGUCUUGCCACGGGUGCGCACCGGCGAAGAGGCGCAGGACCCGCAGGAUCAUCGAUUCGCACUUUGUGAUUUUGCGCUGCGUAUGUGACACGAGCAGAGAGGCAGCGGUGAGCGGCAGGAUUAAGGGGCUUCUCCUAAACACAAGACUCAAAUAUAUUUAACCAUGAACACCGGGAUAUUGUUUUUGCUUGUUUGUUCUGCGGCAUUUUUCGCUGGGCUGCAGUGCGCCUCGACAAGGACCACAGCGGGGAUGGAUCCCCCCGCCGCUGGCUCCAGCAACAUCAGCAGCAGCAGCGGCAGCAGCACCGGUGGCAACAGCGGGGAAAGCGCAGGCAAAAGAGACUUGAACCAAACCAUAAACUCCAGGCUGAAGAGGAAAACCCUCGCUGUGGAUUUUGCGGUUCCCUCUCUGUUGCGCUAUUACCUGGCGGAGUUCAUAAAGAGACCCCUGAACGGCGACUGCCAGACUUUUAGCGGAUGUUACACGGUGCGCGCAAACUUGAAAAUGCAUUGCAUACCUUUGCAGAAAACCAUAUCUACUUUCGUGGACCCCAAGUCCUCUACGGACUCAGAGCUGAGGAACGUGUCUUCUGAGGGACAGCUCCCCUUCUUCUACAAGCGGCCGCUGUCCAAAGUUCUGAAAUUGGGUUUGACGAAAGCGAGCAGGAAAUCAAACCAAGUAGUGGUGGAAAUAGGAGAGGAUAUAGUCAGGACGGGAUGCGGGGGGCUGUCUGUGUACGAGGAGGCCCCGGUAUUCACCCUGGAAAUGGACCUCACAACUAUUCUGGAGUGGUGGCUCGGCGCAGAGGGAGGCCGGCUCAGGGUGCGACUCAUGCCCGAGAAAAAGGCGCAGGUGCCCGGGAUCGAGGAUCGGUACACCGCGGCCAUACGCGCUGCAGACCCCCGCCUCUUCAUCCAGAUCUCCUCCCGGGGUGAGCCACUGGCUGGUAGGACUGCUGCUGGCAUUCCUCGAGGGUACUGGAGCUUCUCCUGGGUCUCUGAGGAUGACCUGAGCUUUCCCAGCAACUCCAUGCCAAUGUCAGAUCACAGAUGCCCCAGCAAUAGCAGAACAUGUGAGCAGCACCAGGAGGGUGUCCCAGAGUUCACAUGGAGCAUAGUGGCUGCCGGGGACCUGCGGGAGAAAAAUGAAAAGACAGGAAGUCCCCAGGGUUGGGAGGAAGGUAAGAACGAAGGUCAGUUCCUCUGGGUGAACAAUUCAGCCUUUGGGGGGCCCUGGGUGCUCAGUCCUUGGCUGUGGGGGGGGAAAGGUCCCUGUAGCCUGGACAUGGCCAUGUUCCUCCACCCCAGGCAAAGUGGGCAGUACACCAUAUGGCUCAUAGAGCGCGACAAACCGCCACUAGCCCUCUUCUCUACCGACACCCUCCCAAGCAUCACAGGCUGGGCAGUGGUCCACCUCACUCUGGGCACUCAUGGAGGAUCGCCUUUUCGGGUCUCAGCCAGCUACGAUCAGCGGGUCCCACAGGAUGACACAGCCACCAUCGAGCCCCACUUCACCACCAACUGUACUAUGGCAUCCUCUCCUGGUCCUAACAUCACACUGGAGGGUCAGUACAACUGUCACCAGGGACCUGGGAUCCCACUGGACAAACUGUGUGACUUCAGUACAGACUGUCCGCUCGGCGAUGACGAAGGCGACCUCUGUCGACGCUUUCUCAAUGGGAGCUACUGCUCUUUUGAAGAAGGCGAUUGCAGUUGGCAAUCAAUAAUGGGUCGCGGUCUCUCCUGGAGAAGAGUCCAGUCUCCAGCCAAGGCUACCAGACAGAGCUGCCCGUCCUCAGGUGCUACAUUCAGUGUGGAGGGAGGCCAGUUCAAAGGUCAGCGUGGCUCAGCAUUACUGAGGAGCCCUCUCUUCCCCCCUCCUCUCAGAAACUCCCCAUGCAUGGUGCGGUUCUGGCUAUGUUCUGGAGGCUUACAUAAGGGGUCGCUGUCUCUGUGGAUAGUGGAGAACAGUACACGCCCUGAGGAGCAGCGCAGACUGUGGCAUUCAGCCAGUGAACCCAAAUCUGAGAGGGGUUGGAAGCUCAUCAUACUUCCCCUUUACGCGCUGUCAGACUGGUUCUGGCUGCAGUUCAGCACAGAGGAUGGGCCUGGACCCGGUUCAGCCAUCUCUCUUGACAACAUCUCUUUCAGUAUGGACUGCUUCCUGGCAUCCAACGGCGAAUUCCCACCAGUGGUCACAAGCACAACCAGGCUGCCGUUUAGACCGACUAUCAAGACUACAGCCACAUCCAUCGGAAGCCCUUUGAUGAACUUCCCCACCGCAGACCCCUCCAAAAAAUGGAUUUUUCAUACCUGUGGGGCAGUGGGCCCUGAAGGCCCAACUCCCACUCAGUGCCUCAACUCCUACAGGAACAGCAACGUCAACGUGACAGUAGGCACCCGAGGCCCCUUCAAAGGCAUUCAAAUGUGGCGCGUCCUGGAAACUGGCACCUACAGGAUCACAGCCUACGGUGCCGCUGGCGGUCGUAGUGUAUUGGCCAUGAGCAGGUCACAUGGCGUCUACAUCACCGGAGACUUCCUGCUGAGGAGAGGAGAGCUGCUUUACAUCCUGGUGGGACAGCAAGGAGAAGACGCAUGCCCCAAUUCCAACGCUGUACUGAAUAAGAUCUGCCUGGAACAGAGCAGCCCAAUGGUGAACAAAACCCAAGUGAAAGGGGGCGGAGGAGGAGGUGGCGGUGCUACAUAUGUAUUCAAGGUGGAGAAAGGAGUGUACAUGCCCCUCAUCAUUGCUGCUGGGGGAGGAGGCCGAGGCUACAGCAGCCAAUCAGAACCCCAGCUGGAGCAGAUGGACUAUGAACCCAGCCAACCUGGACACAAUGGGAAGUCAAACGCAGCAGGUGGAGGUGGAGGUUGGAACGAUAGUGUACCUGUCAGUCAGGGCGGCAGACCACUGGUGCUGGGGGGCCAGGGUGGGCAGGCCUGUCAAAAGUUCUGGCAAACCCGUGGCGGCUUUGGGGGCGGCGGGGGUGGCUGUAUGUCUGGAGGUGGCGGCGGAGGCUACAGAGGGGGUAACACCUCCAUAGAUAACAACCCCAAACAUGAUGGUGAUGAUGGCACGUCUUUCCUGGGUCCAGAGGGAGAGCCCUUCCUCUAUCCUCUGAAAGCUAUGGAGGGGGACGGUGAGGUGCUCAUCAGUCCGGUGCAGAACUGCAGCCACUGUGAGAGCGGUGAAUGCCACGAGACCAAGGACAGUAUCGUCUGCUUCUGUGAUGAUUACCUCAUCCUGGCACCAGAUGGAGUGUCCUGCAUCAACGCUACAGAGGUGUUCCUGCUGCCUCCCCAGCCGUCUCUCUCCCACCUGGCGCUGGGUCUGUCUGUUGGCACCUCGGCCCUCAUCGCUGCCCUGCUGCUGGCUGUGUCCGGAGUCAUGAUAAUGUAUAGGCGUAAACACACAGAGCUGCAGUCUAUACAACUGGAGCUGCAGAGUCCAGACUGCAAGCUUAGUAAGCUGCGGGCCUCCACCAUCAUGACUGACUACAACCCCAACUACUGCUUUGCCGGCAAGACGGCAUCGGUCAAUGACCUGAAGGAAGUGCCGCGACGCAACAUCUCCCUCACCAGGGGUCUGGGUCACGGUGCUUUUGGUGAAGUGUAUGAAGGGCUAGCUGUGGGGAUACCAGGUGAACCAAGUCCACUGCAAGUGGCAGUUAAGACCCUUCCUGAGGUUUGCUCAGAGCAAGAUGAACUGGACUUCCUCAUGGAGGCUCUAAUCAUCAGUAAGUUUAGCCACCAGAACAUUGUGCGUUGUAUAGGAGUGAGUCUGCAGGCCAUGCCCAGGUUCAUCCUGCUGGAGCUGAUGACAGGAGGAGACCUCAAGACUUUCCUGAGGGAGACCAGACCCCGACUGGAGCACCCAUCCAGCCUGACCAUGGUGGACCUUCUCAACGUGGCCAGAGACAUCGCUAAGGGCUGCCAGUAUCUGGAGGAGAACCAAUUUAUACACAGGGACAUUGCAGCUCGGAAUUGCCUACUGACCUGCAAAGGAACAGGCCGCGUGGCCAAGAUUGGAGAUUUUGGGAUGGCUCGAGACAUUUACAGGGCAAGUUAUUACAGGAAGGGUGGUCGUGCAAUGCUGCCAGUGAAGUGGAUGCCACCUGAAGCCUUCAUGGAGGGCAUCUUCACAUCUAAAACAGACACAUGGUCAUUUGGGGUUCUGCUGUGGGAGAUCUUCUCAUUGGGCUACAUGCCAUAUCCAAGUCGCAGCAACCAAGAGGUGUUGGAGUUUGUAACCAACGGGGGAAGAAUGGACCCACCUAAAAACUGCCCUGGGCCAGUGUACCGUAUCAUGACUCAGAGUUGGCAGCACCAGCCUGAAGACAGACCUAACUUCUCAAGUAUCCUGGAAAGAAUUGACUACUGCCUACAGGACCCUGAUGUGGUGACCAUGCCCCUGCCUAUAGAGUAUGGACCUGUCCCUGAGGAGGAGGAACGUGUACCCGUGCGCCCUGAUGAUCCCUCUGCUCCAACCGUGUUGGUAAACGCCCAGGUGCCUGACGGGGAGGCUCCACAGCCGCCACCCUCCUAUCCCACAGAGGAGAACCAGAGAGGUGGGCAACACACUGUCGUCACUAGCACAGCGUCAGAGGCCAAAGCACAGACGUCAGCCAGCCAGCCAUACCUCCACCAGCACCAGCAGCCUCACACGCAGACCUCCAUCACCAUGACAACCACUAACACAGUCACCUCCACAGCCAUGUCUACACUCACUGCCAAGGGACCUCAUGUCAUAACCCAGCCCAGCCCUGAAGGGGGCCACAUCAACCUGGCGUUCACUCAGGGCCAUGCACCAGAGAAGGAGGGCCACAACGGGAAGAGCACCAGUCUCUGGAACCCCACGUAUGGCUCAUGGUUCCUGCAGCAGCAGCAGAGGAAGCAGCAGCAGCAGCAGAGGCAGGGAGGGGUGGGGGGAGCAGGAGGCAGCAGUGGCAGGGUGCCAGGUGAGGGACAGGAGCAUGUGGGCCGGACGGUGGCUGAGGUGGCAGGGGCACUGGGUCUCCAGCACCAGCACAAGCAGUUCCAGCAUCAGCUCCAGCAGCAACACCAACUCCAGCUGCUGCACCAUCAGCAGCAACAGCAGGGUCUGUGUAGACCUCUGUUACCCCCACCACCGCCCCCUGCUGCCCAAUCACCUCUGCUUUUAGAUUCAGCCGCUUUGCCCCCAGUUCCCCUCUACAGACUGAGAAGAUUCCCCUGUGGGAACAUCGGCUAUGGCUACCAGGAGCAGGGUCUACAGCUGGAGGCUACCCACGGCAACCCCAACCCCCCUCCUCCACCUCCUCCCUCUCAACAGGGCACCUCCAUGCCCCCUUCAGCAGCUCACCAGAGGGGGACCUCUAUUCCCACAUCUGUGUCCCUGGGUCGGUCGGGUAUGUCCGAGGACAGCCGUCCACUGCUUGUCACCAUGGGGACAGUGCAGGACCCCCGGCUGCCCAGGAUGGAGGGCCACAACGCAACUGUGCUUUAGCCCAAAUGUCUGUACUGCUGGUCUUUUUUUCCAGGCCCUGUCUUUGGAGAGUGUAAGUCCAGGACCCACAGCAGGAAACACUGUGUCAGGACAGAGAUUGUUUUAAACCACCCCUACCACCCCACCCUUUUGGUUUCUUCCUCCAGUUCAGACAGAAACCAUCUUGCUGACAGAGCUGGAUGAGUCCAUCAGGCUUUUCUUACGAGAACCUUGGAGGGUUGGCAAAGCACAUCAGACAAAUAAAAACCUUUGGGAGGCAAAAUGUAGAGUAAAUGAUAGUUUUAAGAGUUUAAAAAUGUAUUUUUUCAACGCUGGAGGGAUCAUGACUGAGUGGGAAUACUGAGAAUCAAAUGAAGAGUUUAUGACAACGGAAGACGAACGGUACUGACCAGGAGUGACGAGUGUUCAUCAACAGCUGAGGGUGUCUCUUGUCUAGAGAAUGGACUAUCAGGAGGAUUCAAAUCUCUAUAUUUUGCCAGACUUAAAACUUUGCGUCACAAACUUUAGUGACCAGUUUAACUUUAGCAACUGUGACAUUGUCUACAGCUGCCAGCCACAUGUGUCAGUUCUACUGCAGAACCCUCACACUGUUCCCUCUCCACAUCCUUUUGGAAAACAACAGCGUGGUAAAUAACUUGUAUCAGACUAUUUUUCAAGAAUAUCACUGAAUUGGACACUGGAUUACCAGAGACGUUUCUACUAAAAAAAUACUGGGAAAAAUGUGUUUGUUGAUGUUUGCUUGCCUGCUUGUUUAUUUAUUCAUUUGUUUAUUUAUUUGGAAGUGGCUCUAUAAAUUAUUAAUGAACUCAAACUCAUUUACAUCAACUGGUUUUCACUUUAGGUUUUUUAAGUUGCAGGAAUUUAUUUUUAGUAACACGUAACAAAAAGAAUUUUAAACUAUCCCAAAAAUGAAAACUACACCCACACAGGAAAUCAGCUGGGUCCCUUAAGGUGGCCUUUAAGGUGGAGUGGAUGGAUAAAUAGAGCACUGCAGCAGAUGUGGGAGAUUUUAGUUGCAAAAAAACUUGAGUGGAUUAAACACUGGCCACCCUCAGCAACAUUUUACAGUUCAGCUUUUGUUGUUGAAGAUUUGUAAUAAGUCGUUGCUCCUGGUGCUAUUGACAGCACCGCGCUGUGGACUUUCCUUUUGUUCACAGCUCCAUUCUGUUGUAGGAGUGCUUUGAGACAGUGAGGCUCAGGCUUUUCUUUACUGAUGGCUUUUUCAGUAACCUUUUAAUAAUUCAUUUCUUAUUUAAAAAAAUUAUUUCCCUUUUUUUGUCUGGAUAUAGAAACAGUCGAUAUUGCUGAAUCAAUCUUAACCUUCAAAUUGCUAUCUCGAAGCACUCUACAUUCUUACAUUUGCAUAUUUUAUCUUUUCUAUUAUAGGAUGAGUGUUGUGGAAUACAAAUGAGUCAGAGAAAAGUUUGAAUACAAACUGAUUUUGUUCCACAUGUGAAUUAAACCCAGAACCAGUCUCAUCCUCACACACAUAGUGUUAACACCCGUCUGUGUUUAAUGUCUGCUUCUUUUAGUUUAAGGACAGUUACAUACAGUAUAUCUAUCAAAUAACGCCAUGAGUGAGGCGGUGUUGAUAUUUAGGUGAAUGACGACAACAUGCGUCACUUUUUUGAUGAUUUCGCUUGACUGUAUUUGGCAAACGGUCAGUCCGUCUGAUGAUGAGCUGUCGUGCAUGUUUCAUGACACUCUGACUGAUUAAGACAAAUGCAGUCCUGUAGGACAAGUCAAUGAGCAAGUUAAAUAUUGGCUAAUGAGAAGUAUUUUGCUUUGUCUCCAGUACCUGUGUUAAAAGCAUUGAUUCUGUGUUCCCUCACAGCCCACCUCCAUCGUUUGAUGUAAAAAGAAAAACUGAACUGCACCUGUAAAUGUUGUAAUUAUAAAGUAUUGUACUAUGGCUCUGGUAAAAGCUGUAAAUUGCCCUUCAGAAGAUAUUCGCCAAAAUUAAUAAAUUACUAUAUAAUAACUGUU